AUGAGUAAAAAAAGAACUAAUCAUUUAAAAGAAGAAGAAUAUGAUUUUGAAGAAUUAUCAUGUUUUGAUAAAAUAGAACGAAAAAUUAAAAAAAUAAAGCCUAAUGAUUCUUUUGAUUUUGAUGAAGUAAAAGAUUUAGAAACAGAUGUUAAUAUUUAUGAUAAUUUUUUGUUUAACGUUAUAUACAAUGAAAAGGGUUUACCAAUUGCAGAGAUUGAUUAUUUAUCGUUUAUAAAAAACAAAGAUUAUUAUACAAGAGAAUUUAAAAGCACAGAAAUAAAUAGACAAUUACCUAAAAAUAGUAUAGAAAUAACAAAGAUUGUUACAGAGGAUAAAAUUGGAGAUUUAGUAGAAAUUAAUAUUAGCUUUGAAAAUACUGUAAGAGAAAUUUUUGAAAAAGAAUACGACUUUCAAAGCAUUGGAAAAUUUUUUAUUUCAGCAUUUAAAGAGAUUGAAUGUUACACUGACAAGAUUAAACACAUUAAUCUUAAAGGUGUAAAAUUAUCAAAAAUACCUUUUAGCAUAGAGCCUAUAAAACAUGUUAGAAUGACAAGUCCAGUAUUUUAUUUAUGGAUACUACAAAAUGAAAUUUCUAUUAAACAUUUAAACAAAAUUUUAAGUAAAAUUUAUGACAUUAUAAAUUUAAAAGCCGUAAUUAAUUUAUUAAAAGUUAAUAAUAAAGAUUAUCAGCUAUUUCAGAUGAAAGAAUAUUACAAACUAUACAAAGUUAUAGGGGAUUUAUCAAUUUUUAAGGUAAUUUCAUCCUGUGAUAAUAAUUUACUAAGUGCUAAAUUUCUUUAUUAUACGAAUAAGUUUAUUGAUGGGUAUUUAAUACUUAAAGGUAUGCGUCAUAUUCUUAAAUACAAGUUAGAAUUUCAUAUUAAUCCAGAUAAAUGUUUACAAAAUCUAUCGAAAGAUUUCCAUUCAUAUAAAAAUUAUUUGUUUUUUGUUUGGUGUAAUCAACAAAUUUUAAAAACAAAUAAUGACACAAAUACAAAAGACAUUACUUCUAUAAAUAACAUAGAAAAUUUGUACAAGGCGGGCGUAGAGACGUAUAAUAAUAUACCAUGUAAAUUAGCACAUUUAAGGUAUCUUAAAUCAAAUGUAAUGUACGAAGAUACGUUUGAUGAACAGAUUUUCUAUGAAAAUUACAUUAUUAUGAGAAAAUUUAGUAAUGCAAGUUAUAAAUAUCUCAGUAAAUUUAAGAAGAAACUUAUAAAAAAGAAACUUUCAUAUGAUUUAUUAGAACAAGAAAUGUGUUAUUUGGAAAAUAAAGAUUGUAAAAAAAGUAAUAAGUAUUACUAUUUGUAUAAAUAUAAAAUGAAUAAUAAAAUUAACUGUAAGGAUUAUGAACUUAUUAACGGAGAUUCGUUAAUAAUUAUGUACAUUUAUAAUUUAGAUAUUAAUUACAUAAAAACCAUUUAUAAUAUUUAUAAUUUCAAAAAUGGAUUCUAUUGGUGCAGAACACGAAAUAUAUUAAAUUUUGAAGAGCGUCUUAUCGAAUCAAAAAAAAUCUUUAAAUUUGACCAAGAUUUUUAA